AUGUCGGAAGGAAAUCCAUACAAACAAGCUGCCAAAGCUAUCAAAGCAAAAGGACUUUUGAAAUUAAAAUUCUAUUGUCAAAUGUGUCAAAAGCAGUGUAGGGAUGCAGCAGGAUUUAAAGCACAUACACUGAGUGAAGGUCAUCAGAGGCAAAUGCAAAUCUUCCGAUCCAAUCCAGCAAAAUUUAUUAAUCAAUUCAGUGAUGAAUUUAAGAGGGGAUUUUUGGAUAUUCUUAAAACUAGACACGGAAAAAAACAAGUUCAAGCACUCAGGGUAUAUAAUGAAUAUAUUAAUGAUAAACAUCACAUACACAUGAAUUCAACUCAAUGGACCUCACUUGGUUCAUUUGUAAAAUAUUUGGGGAAAACUGGAAUUUGUAAAGUAACCUAUGAUGAGGAGAAGGAAACUUGGUUUUUGCAAUAUAUUGGAUCGGAAUCAAAUUUGUACAAUACACCAAAUGGAUCUUCUAUUGAAAAUGAUGAUGUUCUGGAUGAAAAGAGAAAAUUUGAACUCUACGAAAGACAGUUCAAAGCUCUGAAAGAAUUGGAGGAACAAGCUGAUGAAAUUAUAAAAGAGGAAGAAAUUGAAAAUAAUAAGGAUUCUUCGAAUCAGAAACCAGUAUUUAGUGGAUUUUCUCUCUCCUCUAAAAAACGGCCAAAUCCUUCUAGUGCUGAAUCUUCUCAAACAAUAGAAAAUCCCUCUGAAGAAUCAGUUAAGAUAGAGCAACCUGUGGCAUUCUCGAAUACUACGAAUAUUGAUCUCAACUCAACUGAUGUACAGUCAUUUAAAAAGAUGAAAACCAGUAGAGAUGAGGGGAUAUCUAGUGGUUGGUUGAAAACAGGUAUCAUUCUCAAAAUUGUGGAUAAAUCAUCUGAAUUUUAUAAUGAGAAGGCACUUGUGCUUAAAACUUUAAAGAAGAAACGUGUUGCACAAGUAGAAUUAUUGAGCGACCAGUCGAAAUUAGUCGAAGUUUCACAAGACAAUCUCCAAACAGUAAUUCCAAAAGUUGGAGCAAAAGUAAUGAUUCUCAAGCACGAGACCAUGAGGGGUAAAAGUGCCACUCUUACACAUGUAGAUUUUGACAAGGCGAGUGCCACAGUACUAGUGGAUGGAGUUCUUGGUGAUAACCAACUCAUUUUGGGUUAUGAUGACUUUUCUAAAAUAUUCUAA